AAUAAAUAUUUGGCAAUACCAUCAAGAUGUGGGGAAAAAACACCACUUAUGUACAGCUCACGACCUUUAUUUGAAGGGGAGUUUUGCUACUAGUGACUUCUGCAGUCCUAAGGACUGUAUAAGACACUGGUGGCGAAACGUUUCCUUUCAUGAGGAUCUUAAACUGGACGUUUGUGUCUUAAGGAAAAGUUUGACUUCUUCUUCUUCUGUUGGGUUUCAGGGGCACUGAGAAAAGUUUGACUAUUCAGAAGUUAUCUUUAGGGGCAUGCAGUAAAAAAUUGCUCAAGAUGUAGAUGGAAUGUACAUAAAAUCUGGGACUAAGAGGCAGUGAGGGACAAAGAGGAGUCUCUCAUUUGCAGAAUAUUGAGCCAAGUCUUGAAAUCUCUUUAAAAUAAAGAAAAUGUCUCAGCCUCAAAGUUUAGGGAUAGAUGUAGAAAUUCUUCGUCGUCUGAGCAGGAAUCGUUUGGUGAGAGUUCUAGAGGAUGCACCUGGGGCCAAAGAUUUGAUCAUUGAUGGUGAUCUUAUGAAGAUGCUUGACCGCAUCUCUGGAGCAACACUUUUAAGGAGCCAUGGAGUAGAAAAAAUGUACAGAUUAGACCGUCUGCCGCCUCCUGUGCAGAGCGCUCAGCGUGUGUAUGUGGUGCAGCCGUCUCUAGUAGCUCUCAAAUAUGUGGCGGAUCAUGUGCAUUCUGAUAAGCUCAAUCAUCCAGAUAUAAACAUUCAUUUGGUGAUAGUGCCUCGCCUUGUGUCAUGGGUAACGCCACUGUUGGAGGAAGAGGGUUUGUAUGGGGCUGUUACACUCCAUGAGUUUACCCCUGACUUCAUCCCACUUGAUGAUGAUCUCCUUUCCUUGGAAAUGACCAGCUUCUUCAGAAAUGCUUUCUUGGAAGGGGAUUUUUCUGGAUGUAUAAGUGUGGCUCGUGCAAUCAACACCCUGCAGGGUCUUUAUGGUCGCAUUCCAAAUGUAGUUGCUCAUGGAAGAGCAGCUAAGGCAGUCAUGAAUGCCCUUGAAGUUCUAAAAGAACAAGAGUCACCCAAAAAAAUGCCUCAGACUCCUCAGUAUUGGCAUCUCUUCAUAUUUGAUCGUGAUGCUGACUAUGUAACCCCGCUUCUCACUCAGCUGACAUAUGAAGGUGUAUUAGAUGAAUACUUUGGCAUUCAAGCUGGAGUUGUGGAGUUUCCAGCAGAUGUUGUGGGGCAGGAUAAUCCUCGGAAGGUGCCACUCAAUAGCAAAGACACUAUUUAUGACAAUAUACGCAACAGACAUUUUGCUGGAGUAUCAAGCUACCUGAUCACAAGGGCUCGUGAGGUUAAAGCAAAGAAGGAUCAAGCUCAGAAUAUGACUACUGGGGAAAUGAGAGAUUUUGUGGCAAAUGAACUGCGUACACUACAGGCUCUGCAAGCAACACUUGGACUGCAUUUAAAAGCAUGUGAAGCUAUCACAAAAUCUAUGAGGCGAGAUUUUGAGACUCAGCUUUCGACAGAGCAUGGAUUAGUGACUAGAGCAGGGAAUUCAGGCAAAGCUCAAAAAUUUUUAAAAGAUUGCUUGGCUCGCAUGUUACCUCUUGCAGGUAACCUCCGUCUACUCUGCCUCUACUCACUCACGCAAGAUGGUAUCUCCCGUCGAGAGUAUGAAGAUAUUGCAUCUCAAGUUUUGACAGCUCAUGGCCAUAAACACCUGAUCACUCUUCAUCAUCUUCGUCAGCUUGGGAUGCUUGCUGUUGCUGACACAUCAAGUGUCAGUACUGUGAACAAUGCUCCCUUACAGGAUCGUUUAGCACAAGUAACUUCUUUGUUACCUAAAAAAGGGUUUGGCUGGCGCUCAGCUGCAAAACGUUUACGCCUCAUUCCAGAUGCUGAUGAGCCAGUUGAUCUCCACAAUCCCACUCAUAUGAGCUAUGUUUAUAAUGGUGCAUACACACCAGCUAUUCCAAAAGUGGUUGGUGAUGCUUUAUCUGGACGAGGUGUCCAGUAUCUCUCAGACAACUUGAAGGUCUUACCUGGGACCACAACAAUCACUACACCACCUGCAGGCUCCCCAAGUGGUCCUCGUGUGGCACUGGUGGUGGUGUUGGGUGGAAUAACAUUCGCAGAAGUUGCAGCAUUCAGGCUGCUGGCAUUGACAUCGGCAACAAGAAUUAUCUUGGCUUCCACUAACACUGCUACUGGUGCCCAGCUUGUAGCAGCUGCUGUCCAUGAAUGAUUGUUUUAAGCUUUCAUGUAUUCAUUUACCAUAUACGUGCUUGCAAAUCUUUUUUUUAUAGCAGUAAAGUGGAGAAUGGAGAUAAACAGAAAAUCAGUACAUAGUCUCUCUAAAAAAAAAAGAUACUCAGUAUUAGUAAAAGUCUUCAAAAAUAUUCAUAUAUACUCAUAUCAUGCCUAAGACUUUUACAUCACCCAAAUGCUUCAUGAUUGUUGUGUGUUCACAUAAGUACAUUGAUUUCUAUCUGUUCACACCAGGAGCAGCACCAUCUGUACUGAGAGGGCUUAGGGGUGACUAUCUGAUUGGAAGGAGGGGCUAGGAGAUUUAUUUUGAAGCAUCAUUGUUAUACUUAUUUUAUCUAGGGGCUGGGGGAAUUCUUUAGGGGUUGAAACCCCCCUGAGCCUUUACCUUGGUGCUGCCCUUGACUCACAGCAUACCUAAAGUUUGGAGAGGAAACUUUAGACUAUAUUAGAGUUAUCCUGGACCAUUAUCAAGUCACAAAUAUUCCAGAUUAUUAUUACAUGUAUUAUAUUUAAAAUAAGUGUUAAAACUGCAUAAGUCAUACAGCAAGUAGUCUAGAUAAAUGAUCCAGGCCAGACUGAAACAUCAUCUUAGGGUUUCCUCAAAUUAUGAUUUAAUUAGGAAUUGUUUCAGCCACAGUACUGUGACAUAGUCCUCACUCAGUUGUAUGCUCAGUGCCUCUUUACUGUGUAAUCUCUCAUUUAUCCCCUGGCAUACUCUUCAUAUUAUUAGACUUUUAGUGACACAUUAACUCAUUUUUACUAAAUAUCACUGAUCACAUACACAAAACUCUUCACUCCAUCAUUAAAGAACAAUGAAGGGAUUACUGGACUUUUAUUUUAGACCCUUGUGGUUACUCAGGAGCCUGUAAAGCCCAUUGAAUCUCUGCAAUUAUUUUAUUUAAGCCUUGUACUGUUUGAUGAUUGUGAGGCUCUUAUAUUGUAUUAUUUGGAUGCUCAGAUUAUUAAUUUGUAUACUGGAUUUGUUAAAGAAGGAUUUGUAGACAAUUGUUAUUGGGUUUUGAAAAAGUGCUUCCUAUCAAUUUUGAGGAAGGGUUAUGUAAAAUUGGCAGAUUUAUUUGAUUUAAUUACUAGGAAAGUCCCUCUCUAACAGAUUUGCUUAAACUACUGUUACCACUGACAGUCAGUUUUUAAAUGUUUAAAUUCUGUAUCAAAUAAUGGCUAAUAAUGCAAUUAAGAGAAAAUAUCUGUGACUAGGAUAGCCCCCACACAUCAGUGUCCAGUGUGUGUGUGUGUGUGUGUGUGUGUGUCAAGUCUUAUUUUGAGCUUUUAACCCUUUCAGGGUCCAAGGCCCAAAUCUGGAGUCACGCACCAGUGUCCAAGAAUUUAAAAAAAAAAAAUUUGUUAUUUUUUCUUAUGAAAUCGUAGAAAAUCUUUUUGUGAAGGUAAUAAAACAAAAAGUACGAAAUUUGGUGGAAAAUUGACGAAAUUAUGCUCUCGCAAAUUUUGAUGUGUCAGCGAUAUUUACGAAUCGGCGAUUUUGCCGACUUUG